UUUUCUGGAACUGGGACUUCCUGUGGCAGUUCAUUUCCUGGUCGGCGGGGGCCGCGAGCGGAGGAAGGCUCGGCAUGGUCUCCCCCCGGCCAGCCCCAGCCUCCCUUGACGCUCUUCCACCUCCUCCUCCUCCUCCUCCGCAGCGGCUCCCCCUCCUGCUCAGCCCGGCCGGCGGCGCUCCUCCGGCUGCCACUUUGUAGCGAUGCUGCAGGGCCGGAGCGGCGCCCGCAGCGGAAGCGGACAUGGUCUGAAUAACACCCAAGCUCUGCCUUCCUGGAGUGGGCGAGAGGGAACAAAGCAUAUGACCUCUAAGGAAAAAGAAGAUAUUUUGCCGCAAAGGGAUUAAUUUUUGUCUUGCUUCAAGACGUCAAGAGCUGUGUACAUAGACACACACACACACAUAUAUAUAGAAUAUACACGCAAACACACAAUUAUAUAUAUAUAUUUGGGGUGUUUGUGUGUCAUACUGGACUUGCUAAGCUAAAAGUGUUUAGGCUGCGCACUCUUGGAGCCAUGAAGAAGUUUUUUGACUCCCGGCGAGAGCAGGGUGGCUCUGGGGCCGGUUCUGGGACCCUCGGAGGGAGUGGCAGUAGCACUGGGCCUGGGAGUGGAUACAUAGGCCGGGUGUUCAACAUUGGGAGGUGUCAGGUGACUGUGGAUGAAGUUCUGGCAGAAGGUGGGUUUGCUAUUGUUUUUCUGGUGAGAACCAGCAAUGGAAUGAAAUGUGCCCUCAAACGAAUGUAUGUCAACAAUGAACACGACCUACAAGUCUGCAAACGGGAAAUUCAGAUCAUGAGGGACCUUGUGGGACACAAGAACAUUGUUGGAUAUAUUGACUCCAGUAUAAACUCUGUGAGCAGUGGGGAUGUCUGGGAAGUCUUGAUCCUCAUGGAUUUUUGCCGAGGAGGCCAAGUGGUGAACCUCAUGAAUCAGCGCUUGCAGACAGGCUUCACGGAAAGCGAAGUCCUGCAGAUCUUCUGUGACACCUGCGAAGCUGUGGCCAGGCUGCACCAGUGCAAAUCGCCCAUCGUCCACAGGGAUUUGAAGGUGGAAAAUAUCCUCCUGCACGAUCGUGGCCAUUAUGUGCUGUGUGACUUUGGAAGUGCCACCAACAAAUUCCAGAACCCUCAGCUUGAAGGAGUGAAUGCAGUGGAGGAAGAAAUCAAGAAGUACACCACACUAUCCUACAGAGCACCAGAAAUGGUCAACCUCUAUAGCGGCAAGCUGAUUACUACAAGAGCAGACAUCUGGGCCAUGGGCUGUUUGCUGUACAAACUCUGUUAUUUUACUUUGCCAUUUGGUGAGAGCCAAGUAGCAAUUUGCGACGGAAACUUCACCAUUCCUGACAACUCGCGCUACUCUCACGACAUGCACUGCCUCAUACGGUAUAUGCUGGAACCAGACCCUGACAAGAGACCUGAAAUUUACCAGGUCUCCUAUUUUGCAUUCAAGCUCGCUAAGAGGGAAUGUCCGGUCCAGAAUGUACAGAACUCUCCGAUCCCUGCCAAACUCCCAGAACCAGUGAAAGCGAGUGAAGCUGCUGCUAAGAAGAGCCAGCCAAAAGCCAGGCUGACAGAUCCUAUCCCCACAACUGAAACAUCCAUCACCCCACGCCAAAGACCCAAAGCUGGGCAGACACAACCAAACCCGGGGAUCCUGCCCAUCCAGCCUGCCCUGACUCCCAGAAAGAGGCCCACAGCACAGGUUGCUGCUCCAGCGCCUUUGGCUGGGGGUCAGGCCCCCCUCCCUACCAGCGUCCCACAGCCGAAAGCCCUGCCUCAGCCGACUCCGCCUCUCCCGCAAGCUCAGCCUAAGCAGCCGCCCCCUGUACAGCCGCCUGCUGCCUCCCAACCGCAAGCCCCUCCAGCUCAGCCCCAGGCCGCCACCCCACAGCAUCAGCUGUUCCUAAAGCAGCAGCAGCAGCAACAGCCUCCAGCUCAGCCGCCAGCCACAUUUUAUCAGCCCCUAGGACCUCAGCAGCAGCAGCCGCAGCAGCAGCAGCCACAGCCUCCCCUGCAAGUUCAACAGAUCCAAGUGGCGCCCCAGGCACCGCAGCCGCCAGUGAAGCCACAGUUUCCAGUGGCGCAGCAGGGAGUGCAACCGCAGCCUGUGCAGAAUUACAUGCAGCAGCAGCAGCAGCAACUGCUGGCACAACAGGGGCCCGUCCCACAGAAAGCAGCUGCAGGGCAACAGAAGCCGUCGGCUCAGAUCCUGCCCCAGCCGCAGGUGCAGCAGGUGGCGGCACAGCCAGUCCCUGUGCAGGAUCAUCCGCAAGCGCCUCCACGACAUCAAAGGAUCCCCACCACCCCGCCGUCAGCUGUCCAGGGGCAGAAGGUGGGCUCCCUCACUCCCCCGUCCUCCCCCAAGACUCAGCGAGCGGGACACCGGAGGAUCCUGAGUGACGUGACGCACAGCACUGUCUUCGGGGUCCCAGCCAGCAAAUCAACACAGCUUCUGCAGGCAGCGGCUGCUGAGGCUAGCCUCAACAAGUCCAAGUCUGCCUCGACAACGCCUUCUGGAUCCCCCAGGACAUCGCAGCAAAAUGUCUACAAUCCACCAGAUGUCUCUACCUGGAACCCUUUUGAUGACGACAACUUCUCCAAGCUCACAGCAGAGGAGCUGCUGAACAAGGAUUUUGCAAAACUGAGUGAUGGUAAACUUCCAGAGAAGCUGGGUAGCUCAGCAGAGAAUCUGAUCCCAGGCUUUCAACCGGCUCCUUCCACAACACAGGCAGAUGCGUUUGGCUCAUCUUCUCUUGCACCUGUGUCAGCUGAAAAAACAAAAGAUAUCUUGGACUCUAGCCCUCCACUUCUGGCUGUUCCCGAUCCUUUCAUUCCUCUUCCACUGUCAGAUACGCCAGAAAAACUGAUUGAGGGCCUCAAAUCUCCUGAGCCUGCACUCCUCCUCCCUGAUAUCCUGCCUCUCGCUGAUCCCUUCGGUAGCACCCCUGAUGCUGUGAAUGGAAAAGCUGAACUAACAGUUGAGAGUCUCAUCCCAGGCCUUGAGGCUCCUGUGUCGCAGCAUAUAUCAUCGCAGACAGACUCUGUGGCUUCAAACAGAGCAGAUUCUGUCACUGGGGAGGACUCCCUGCUUGACUGCUCUCUGCUUUCUAAUCCUGCUGCUGACCUUCUGGAUGAGUUUGCUCCUUUAGCCGUUUCAACCCAAGCUCACAAAGAAGAUACUAACCUGAUCUCUGGCUUCGAUGUCCCUGAGGGCUCUGAAAAGGUGGCAGGAGACGAGUUUGACCCCAUCCCUGUGUUAAUAUCCAAAAAUUCACAAGGUCUGCAAGGGGAGCCAACCAUCUAUUUUGUGGUCAGCACUGAGCACGGCCCUGGAGUGUCUGCCGUUGGCUGCUUCCCGGUGAAGAAACGGCAGCCUGAGAUGCUGGAUGGAAGAUCACGGAGCGCGGAACACGGAGAAGAAUCGGAGUACUUAUCGAGGGAUGGUCCUUCCAGCAACAGCUCUUUCCACAGCAGUGAAGGGGAAGGGACGGACCACGAGGGGGACAUCUUGGACUGCAGCGGAUCCAGGCCUCUGCUGAUGGAUUCCGAAGAGGAAGAGGAAGCUUAUAAACUGAACCCUCAGCAUCUGGAAAGGGGUAGCAUUCCCCAAGAAGACCUUAAUCUGCAAGUUCCCCAGAGCAUGGGGGUGCAGCUUGAUGCUUUCCAACAACUCCCCGGAGGAACUUCGGACGAGAGAGAUGUCUUUGCCACAGCUCCAUUCCGAAGCUCCAUGACCCUUCACGACGACCUGGACAUCUUCGCCAAAGCGCCCUUCGUCUCCAAGGGCCACGGUCUGGCGAAGCAGCAGGACGAGGGCGACGUCUUUCUCCGGGCUCCCUUCACGAAAAAGAAGAGCCAGGAAGAGUUUAUGCCGCACAGCGGGGCAAAGGAAUCUCCUGUCCCGGUGGGGAUCUUGGGCUCUGCUGGAGCUCCACAGUACACCUUUAACGCUGCCUUCCAGAACCUAGAGGCAGGGCUGCAUGGCUCUCCUCUCUCGCAAGGUCAGUAUUCUGUGGCCUCGCUGCCCCAGCCAUCCGGUGCUCUCCCUCAUUCUUCCAGAGCAAGCGAAGGCCCCGAUCCUCCCAAAGAUGCAUCUCAAGAGCUGGGCAGCAUCCCCAACGACACGCUCCAAGCGCACACACUCCCCCAAGACGUCCUCUUGGGCUUGAAGGCCAACCAGCCUUUCCGUCCACAGUCAUUGGCAAAGUAUUCCCGUCACUACAGCCCAGAAGGGGACCAGGGCGUCGGCACCCAGCCCAUCGCAGCUUACAAAGUGGUGUCUCAGACCAACAAGCAAGCCAUAGCGGGGUCCGUUUCUAUCGCCUCUCUUUCUUCCAGGACUAAAGAGCUGCCCAGCUCUGACCCAUUCUCGUCAGCCCCCUUUCCUUCUAAACUGGGAAAGCAGAAACCCUAAAUGGUUUCCAUUGUGACAGAAGGAGGAGGCAAGGCUUUGAAUGCGUUAUCAAGAGCCUACAAGCCCUUUGGGCAAAAUUCACUCCGUACGUACCUAGAAUGUCGAAACUACAGUUGCUGUGAUACUCACCUGAAUCAUAUGAAGCUGGUUUCAGGCUGUGAACGACUUCCAGGCUGUAAGGUUUAUCACUUGCUUUUUAGAUGCUCUUUCCCUCCCCACACUCCAAGUUUCCUCCCAGCCGGUCUUUUGUUUUUGUUUGGUUUUGGGUAAUUAUUUAAGCCAGGGAACACAUGGGACAGAACUGAUUACCUCUUGAUAGUAGCACCCACUAAGGAUUAUGGAACAUAUCAACAGCACACCGAGAAUGUUUCAGAAGUGCUAGCCAGGUGGGACAUUAUUUAAUUUUUCUAAGCAAGAGAGAAGGAUAAGCACACUUUUAUUUUAGUUGCUACUAAUGAAUCUUCCCUUAAAACCCGUAACUGUCAGUUUGUAACAGAAGUAUUAUUCUGCAAUGUGUGUUUAAACCCUCCCCACAAAAGGCAAUUAAUGUCUGGGUGUCUUAACCCUAUUGGUUCUAAGUGACAGUGGCUCCGUUCUGACCAUUGCGGACCAAGUUAUACCCUCUGUGGAAAUGGUAAGUGAAAUGCAGAAAGCGUGGGGAACGGAGUUGGCUUUUGCAUGUUCCCAAAGGGAGGGCUUGACUUUCCCACCUGCCAUGCCUAGCUUGCAAAGCCAGUUUUCUGUCAGUGAAACAGAUCUAAACCCAGAUGCCACCCCUGAGGAGCAUCCCCCGAGCUCCUCUUCUGCGCAUAGAGAGGAAAGCAGCUCCCUAGUCCGGCCCUCAGCACUUCCACAUACAGCAUGCGCUCCCUUUUCAGAGGUUGCACCAAUUGUGCUCCCACGUUGCGGAUGGGUUCCAUGGGUUUGCUGACAAUGAGGGCGGGGCAGCCACCUCCCAUGCACUUUCUAUAAACUGGGGGCAGGAAUGACAAGGAGUGAGCAGGACUCCAGCGCAUUGAUGGGUUGGGUUCUAAACACACAUGAGCUAAUCAACAAGAACUUCUAGUGCAGUUACUUUUCUGGCGCAUCUGGAGCUGACAGCGCUGAAACAUCCCUUACUUUGUUUUCCGUCUCUUGGGUGGGUGGAGCGCAAUGCUUUGAAUCUCCAGCAGGUUUAAAAACAAAGAAGGGAUGUUGUGACAAAGACGGCUGUAGAAUGGUGUGGAAAGUGUUCGUGUUAAUUAUGCUGACCUCAGUGACGCUGUGACAGUUCUUGAUGGCUUAAAAUCUGAUUCUACAUCAAGGUCGAACGACUGAAUGGUAACUUUUGCGAGUCUUCACUACCUGCUGUUUUAUGAAGGACAAUCUUGUGGUUUUUAACAGACAAUCCAAGAAGCUGAUGCAUCACUUGUGAGAGAAAUCCUUGUGAACUAUUGAAAUGUAAUGGCAAGUUGACUUAAGGGUAGUCAAUUUUGUUGAACUGUGCCUUUUAUGGAAAGGUGUCCUCACACCCUGUGGCCAGACCCAGACGUUCAGAAAUAUCCUGCCAGCUCUUUUACCUCACAUUCUUACAAAGGAAUCUUUAAGUGCCCCCUGCCUGAAAGGGCCUUAUCUGCCAGUUGUCAGAGGCAGCCCUGCCCUAAAGUCAAGUGAUGACAAUUUGGAGGUGGUUCUAAGGGUCCAGCAUGAAAGAUGGAUCUGGCCCAGGGGACACAAUUCACCGGGCAGUUCUUCAUGGCAACCUUUCCAUUGAAAUGCAUGGGGACCUUCUUGUACAGCUUCCAUCGCUUUGAAUGGGGCUGGCACAGGAGAGCUUUCCGGCAGAUGGUGCUUUGUGUCCAUUGGAGAAGAGGGUGGCCUUUGAAUUUCCUGUCUCAGGCACCUAAAUAUAUUGGACAAAUCCCAGCUAUGAAUCAUGAGCAUGGCUAGCUGGUUGGUCUCCCCCACUCCAAAGAUUUUAUCCUCUGCUUAUGUGUUAACUGUUUGGUUAGGAGGGGUGGGGGACCUUAGCUGCUCUUGAUGGGACUGUAUUUUAUGGUUAAGGACCUGCUUGAACGUCCUCAGACUCCGAAAGGGUCCUUAAUGACUCAAGAUCUUUCCUAUUCUUUUGGUACUUUCAAAUGAAUUCUAUAGCACUUUGUUACUCCAAAUGGGGACAUUUGGUAGGGUGGUGGCUUGAGGCUGGCUUUGCUGAAGCAUUUUUAAAAGUUCGGGAGACAGAUGUGAAGGCCUUAACUGUUUUUUGACAUGCAACUUGUGAAUCUGUUUCCUUGCUCCUUACUCCCAGCUGGGAGUCCUUGCACCUUUGAGGACGUUCCAGUCUGAUAAUGACCACGAAAAGGUUCUUUUGGUCAAGAGUCUCAACUGCCUGGCGGAGGAAGCGAUGUAGACUGUUAAAGCAGAAGAUCUGCCCCAAGGGAAUCACAUGCUUGCUCAGCGCUUCACAAGAGCAGCGUGCUCCUGUUUGGGCUAUGUGGCCCUGCAUCUUGAAUGCAUUCACUUGGACUAUCCCAGCAUCUUGAGGCUAGUUUGGAUGCACCUCUGUCAAUAUGCAAAAAGACCUUCCUGCAAGUUUUCAUGGUGGCCCAUCCGUCUUGCUGUACAGCCAGGACUCAGUUUACCAAAAAGCUUGGACUCUGGAUACUCUUCUUGUGAACUCAAGCACUGCGUUUGCUGCGAGUCCUUGCUGAUACGUCAAUCUUCAUGCUGCACCUACCUCUUUAAGCAGAUGCUGGCGUGCCCGUGUUUCUUUUUGUCUGAUUGGUUUUUGACAUCUUUUGCUGUAGUACUUGUGCAAUUGAUAAUGGCUUGCAGGGAGAAGCAACGAGGAAUUUGAUGCUGCUUAAAUACCUUGCAGUGAGGUGGGGGAAAUGAUUCUUGGAAAAUGUGCUCACACAGACUUUGGCGCCUCCAUUGUUCAAAACACAGGCGACCAAGCAAACAUCAUUUUGAGCUUGCCUCUUAAAACAAACAAACAAACAAACCUAGAUGAUUGCUUAUCUGCUGUGUCUUCGCAGGUUUUUUUUCAAAUAUAUAAAUCAAAUCAAGAAGACACCUAUAGGAAGCCAUGCUCUGUUUCUCUGUGAAGUGUUCGCUAACCCAUACAUUGGAAGUUUAACUUAUUUGUGUGUGUGUGUGUUGGAGAAGAGAACUUAGGUGCUAGAAUGAGAAAAUUAAGAAAUGCAGAAGAUUUCAUCCUUGCAGUGUUAUAGAUUCCAGUGUGAAAUUCCAAGAUAGAGUGUAGCCUGUACUCUGUUGAUGGCAUCCGACAUCUCAGCUUUGAACUCUCCUUGAUUCAGGGGGUUGCAUAUUCAGUAGGAAUAAACAGAAGCUGGAGCUAAUUAGAUUGCUGUUGAAGUCAGUGGCAUUUCCCGCCUCCAUUUUGACCAAUGACAAAUAGUAUUUCUGCUCCUCCUGAAGGAAGUCAAGGCACUUGUUACAGUCAGUCCCGAAACUGCCACCAGUAUUAGUUGGGUGCUUUUAAACUGUUACGAAAACCCUACGUCACUCCACAAAUAGUUUUUUAAGGAAUGCAUUUUGCUUAGUUGUUUCCCUAUCCUCGUUGAACAAGACGGUACUUCAGCAGAGUUGUAGGUCAUGGCCAAAGACCAAAGCACAGUUAGGCUCCAGUCCUCAUAUGAAGCUCCAUGGAUGGAGUAGUUCCUCUCUUCUUCUCACCUAUGUGAGAAUGCACCUAAUUCUCUGGAAAGUAAGGGGCACUUAGCCAUUUUAAAACUAGCUUCCCCCUCAUAUGUGCUCACAUUCCUAGUUGAGUCAACUUAAAAUGUUGGGGUCAUGUUCCUGCUGACCACGUGGGUUUCCUUCCCACCCUCAUUUCUCCACCCCCAGUGCUUUGGAUUACAACCCCCCCCUCCCAUGAACCCCGGCAUCAUAUGGUCAUGCUAGCUGGGACUGAUGGGAGUUGUGGUGCAAAACAUCUGGAGGGCACCAGGUUGGAGAAAGCAGAGCUACGAGACUGUGACUUGCACGAAGGGGCUGGGUGGUGAUUCCUGGCCCCACCUGUUCUCGUGAGGUAGGGCACAUCUUCCUGGCUCACCAAGUGUUGCGCAACACACAAAGACCUUCAGCUGAAAGUUUGCCCUACAGCCCUGGCAUAGCAAAAGCCCAGAUGAUUUUCCCUCUCUGUUUUAUAAGGUUGCUUAGUAGAUUUAGACAAUCUUAAUAAACUGUUCAGUAGUAGUCUGAGUGAAGCUUUAUGACACUGUCAUGAAGCCGCUGUUCUUCUACAACUCCGCAGAACUACACAGCAGCAAUUGUGUCUGCUUAGAUGUGAUGCCAUGUCACUUGAUUCCAGCAGGGCUUACAUAGGAGUUGCACCUUCCAGUCAAAUCAGUGCAGCGAGGAAUGUGUUUCAUGUGUCUUGGUCAGCGGAUGUGGAGCCAUUGAACUCCACUUUUCCCUCAUGCAAAUUAUCCGAGCACCUUUCAGGUGGUUCAGAUAGUCACCUCAUUAAAACCUCCCUAGUGUUGCCCUUCCAGUUCUGCACAAUGUUACUCCCUGUGUAGGUCUUGCUUCUCUGGUUAAGCUUUGAGUUGGGAUCUGCUUUCUGGCACUGUGGCAGCUUUGUCUGUGGGGUGGGUUUCAUGUUCACUGGCUGAGGCAGAAAAGGGAGAGAUUAGCUCCCAAGAACACUGGUUUUCCUCCUGAGGUUCCCUUCUCCCUUUCCCACCUGUGCUCCACCACCAUCCCUGCCCACCCCCACCCCCCAUCACAGUUGGGCUUGUGGGUCGCUGCCUCAUGUUUGGGAUCAGCGUUAAAGCCACAGGGCUAUGAGAUUAACCACUCUGAAGGAACACACAGAUUUCCACGGAUUCAGCUCCCACCAAAGAACUCUCAUGCUGGAAAGGUUUCCCCGCCUUCCUCCUUUCUUACGUUUGGUGGUUUUUAGAUGUGUCUUGGGUGUAGUGACAUUUCCUUCCAUAAGUGUUUUUGACACAAGAGUACUUUGUAUGUCUCUGCUGUUGGAGCCAUCCCUGCAUCUGGACUUGGCCUGUCAUGACGCUACAACGACCGCAGCCGAUUAGAACGGCGGCCGUUUUGUUCUUUCCUGUCUCUGUGUGUACACUGGGAACAUUUUUACCUUUGUAACACUAGUCAGCUGUGAUAUCCGAGAGCCAGUCUCCCAGUAGCUAUUUCUUUCUUUCGUUUUUUAAAAAAGGGAUUAUUUCUUGUAAAGGAAGGCCCAAUGGUAAUUGGAUCGAAACACCUGGCCCCAGAGGUGAAAUUGCAGAUGAGAAGAGGGAAAUCCGUAUGCAGAUAAUAAAAGAGAAUUGUGACUCAUUCUAAAAGGCAGCUCUAAUUGUCUUUAGUGUCCUGGCAGCUUGAGGAGGUCCUUUGAGAGGGUCGCACCCUUCUGCUGCUGCUAAUCUGGAAUUGUCUCUGUGUGCAGUUAUGAGUCAUGAGACCAAGGCUUUGACUCCAUGCUCCUCUUGAUACAGUCAGAACUCAACAGUGUUGGAUAUACCUCUCUGAUAUGAUAAACUGUUUGGAGGCUGGAGUAUAUAUAUAUAUUUUCCCACACUGGUUGCAUUAAGUCUUUUAUGAAGAAAUGUUAGCGCUGGGAACUUGUAUGCUUUAUUAAAAACUAUCUGAUUCAAACACC